CACCGGCAGGCAACGCGCAGGCGCCCACCGGCCUGCAAGGCCCGCCUCGGCCGGUCACGCCGUGAGGGAAUGGGGCGGAGCGGCUGGGCCCGCUGUGGCUGGGGCUGCGAGGCCUUGCUUGACGAGGCCGCCGAGACUUGAGUUUCAGGGAAAGAUGUUCCCAGUAAUCACUGAUUCCAGAUCUUUCAAGGACCCGAUUAAUUAAACAUAUAUUCUGAAUUGGAAAUUGUUGAUUGCAUUUGGGGCCUUUCUCUAUAAAUGUAAAAAUUAUGGAUCAAGAAGCAGCUUGAAAAUACUCCCUUCUUUCAAGGCACUGCUUGGAAGGGUUGAAACUGGAUCCAAAGAGACUGAUGACAUGGUGCUAAGUCUGUCAAUUUCCAGCUGAGCUCUGGAAUGGCCAGUCAAGAAGUCCAACUAGACAAUGAUUCAAUGAUAGAAGGAAUAAGUGACCAGGUGUUGCUGGCAGUUGUGCUCGGCUUCACGUUCCUCGUUGUACUGGCAUAUGUGCUUCUAAGAAAUGAGCAUCCGGCUAUUCACCCGGAAAACCAAGAGCUAGUCAGAGCUGUUCGACAGCAACUGCAAUCAGAACAGAAUGCAGCUGAAGACAGGCAACGCUUCUAUACUGAUAUGUCCUGCCCUGUCUGUUUACAACAGGCUACGUUUCCUAUUGAGACAAACUGUGGACACCUGUUCUGUGGUUCCUGUAUUAUUGCAUACUGGCGGUGUGGCUCAUGGCUGGGUGCGAUACAUUGCCCCAUUUGCAGGCAGACGGUCACUUUAUUUUUACCACUCUUCAACGAGAAUCAACAGGAUGCAAUGCAAGUACUUCAGGAUGUCACUGAUUACAACCGGAGAUUUUCAGGACAGCCAAGAUCGAUAAUGGAAAGGAUUAUGGAUUUGCCCACAUUAUUGCGUCACGCGUUCAGAGAAAUGUUCUCGCUUGGAGGUCUCUUCUGGAUGUUCCGGAUCAGAAUAUUCCUUUGUCUAUUGGGAGCUUUGUUAUAUCUAGCAUCACCUCUGGAUUUUCUGCCUGAAGCACUGUUUGGAAUUCUGGGAUUUUUGGACGAUUUCUUUGUGGUCUUUCUGCUACUUAUAUAUAUCUCCAUCAUGUACCGAGAGGUUGUAACACAGAGGCUGAAUAGAUGAAAGCAAAUGUCACGACUAGCAUUCAGGAGGAUUGAGGGGAACGCUUAACUAAAUGGAACCCCUGCUGAGUGAAGCACACGGUAAAGCAUCCUAACACGCUUUCAGAUUCUUCUAUUAAGGAGCUUCUAACUGAACAGGCAAGGAGGGCGAAUGGAAAUCACUGUGAUCGCAAACUGGAAUUUUUGUAGGUGUUUGAUAAAAGAGAUUUACCCGAGAUUACAUAUGUU